AUGAGUAAGAAUAUAUAUAAUAACAAUGCACAAAAUAAAAGGACCAAUAGAUCAUUAUAUGAUGAUGAAGAUGGGCCAGCACAUGUAUUACAAACCAAUGAUGAAGAUGGAACAAAUAAAUAUAAAUGGGAGAAUCGAUUUGAAAAGACAUGGUUAACAAUAGAUGAAGAUGAACAUGGAUUAAGACCAUCGAAUCAAGAGGAGAGGAAUACACGUAAUCGUAGAUUAAAAAAUAAAGAUAGGGAUGGUAUAUUAAGUCAAGAUCAACGUGUACGAAGAGGUAUGCAAAGACAUUUAUGUUUGAUAUUGGAUCUUUCAAAGACGUUAUCCAAUCAAGAUUUAAAACCAUCACGUUAUCAAGUGCUUUUACAAAAUGUUGAACUCUUUAUAAAGGAAUUUUUCGACCAAAAUCCAAUCUCACAAUUAUCAAUUAUCAUCACAAAAAACAGUAAAGCAGAGAAAAUCUCUGAACUAUCAGGUAACCGAUUAAGACAUAUACAAGCUAUGAAAGAUGCCAUAGCGAUGGAAGGUGAACCAUCAAUUCAAAAUUCAUUAGAGGUUGCACUAUCAUCACUAUGCUAUGUACCAAAGUAUGGUAGUAGGGAAGUGUUAUUCAUAUUCUCAUCAUUGACGACAUGCGAUCCUUCAUCAUUACAAAAAACAAUUCAAUCAUUAAAGAAUGAAUCCAUUAGAGUUUCAUUCAUUCAUAUGGCUGCCGAACUAUACAUUUGUAAGGCUAUAGCAGAACAAACUAAUGGUACCUCAAAAGUAAUUCUAAAUGAAGAACAUUUCAAUGAAAGUUUAAUGUUAAAAUGUCAACCACCACCAACCAUUGGUAAAACUGAAGCAGCUUUGGUUGAAAUGGGUUUUCCUCAACAAAUCACUUCCACUGUACCAUCACCUUGUAUUUGUCAUGAGAAAAUGAAAUACUCUGGCUACAUAUGUCCACGUUGUGGUGUUAAAUCUUGUGAAUUACCAACUGAUUGUCAAAUUUGUAAUCUUUCUUUAGUUUCUUCACCUCAUUUAGCAAGAUCAUAUCAUCAUUUAUUUCAAAUACCUUUAUUUAAUGAAGUUAAUUGGAAGGAAUUAAAUAAAAAUGUAACAUGUAUAGGUUGUUUAUCAUCAUCAGAGAAAUCAAUAUUAUCUUUAUUUUUUUCAUGUCCACGUUGUCAAGAGAUAUUUUGUUUAGAUUGUGAUCUAUUUAUACAUGAAUCAUUACAUAAUUGUCCAGGUUGUGAAAAUAAACUUCAAAAUACAAAUACUAAUACAAAUGGAAAAACAAAUGGAAAUGAAAUUACGAAUGGUAAUGGAAAUGGAAAUGGAAAUGAAAAUGAAAAUGGAAAUGGAAAUGGAAAUGGAAAUGGAAAUGGAAAUGGUUUACACUAA